GGGAGCCUGCAACAUGCCCAAUGUAUAAUGACUUACAUACAAUAUGCAGAUUAGUGGUCAAGGGAUAAAGCAAUUGCAGGAGCUGAUCAUAUGUAGCAAGCAAGAAACGUGUAUGUUGGGCAGGGGGGUUGUUUAUGAAGGAAUGAUGCCUGUUCUGAGCUUUGACUAAUAAGGGACAAGCUGAAAUGCAUUUCUUCGUGAUACAGCCAGAGCCAGCUUGCUGAAAAGAGAAUGAAGGUACAGAGGCUAGAGGUUCUCCCCUCUCUGCAGAGUAUGUUCCAGCUCCUCUCCCACUGCUGGUCGCGGCUGCAGGCAAUACAGGAACCAAUCAGGAAAGUGACCCUCCUUGUCAUGGGCCUGGACAAUACAGGGAAAACCUCCCUCAUAACGGAGAUACAGAGAGUGCUCUCGUGUGAGGUGCUCCCCACAACAAAGCCUAACCAGACAGAACUCAGAGUGGACCGGUUUGAAGUCUCCCUUGUCGACCUAUCCAGAGGGCAGAGGUCGUGGGGCACAUGGCGUAAUCACUAUGGUGACGCUCACGGGAUUAUCUUUGUUCUGGACUCCAGCAACGUGCUGCGGAUGGAAGAGGCCAAGAGAACCUUGGGCCAUCUUCUGGCUCACCCUAGGAUUUCAGGGAAGCCCCUGUUACUGCUGGCCAAUAAACAGGACAAGGUUGAUGCCCUCCUCCCAUGUGAGCUGAUCGAAUGCCUGUCCCUGGAGAGGCUUGUGAAUGAAAACAAGUCACUGUGCCGCAUCGAGCCAUCUUCAGCAACCAAAAGUCUCCAUAAAAGCCAGUCCCGGACCAUCCUGCAGGGACUCCGCUGGCUUCUGCACACCAUUGCCAUCAACUACAGUGUCCUGAGUGCCCGGGUGCAACAAGACAGCCUUGACCAGAAAGCCCCCCGAGAGCAAGAGGCUCCCAGGAGAGCAACACGGGCCCACAGCCAGACACGGGGGGAGAGGGUGUUGCUGGCCAGAACGGACAGUUCCCAAGAAGGAAGUGCCAAGAUAGGGGAGUACAAACCACUACAGCCCAUCCAGAACAUCCUCUCACAGGAGGAAGGCCAAAAGAUACCCAAGAGAAGGAGAAAGAAAGGGAAAGUGAAGAAGAAUGGGUUGGUGCAGUGUGGGAGCAUGGCUGAUGAAAAGGAAGAGAAAGCUGGGGGAGGAGAAAACAGAGCAAGUGCUGCAGUUGGGCUCCUCCACAGCAACAGAGUUGGCCUGGAGAAACCACUCCCCCAGGGGACAACUCGUCUCCCAGCAGGGCAGAGCAUAAAGAAGAAAAAGAAGAAAAUUAAAAAUAAAAUCAAGUCCCAGGAGUCCUCACUGGAGCCACAGAAUGAAGGAAUCUCGGGUACCUUUGGUCAGUAUUUCCCAGGUGAAGUGUGUAUGCAGGAGGGGAUGCUGUACAUCCGCUGUAUAUGUUCCUGCAAAGAGUGGAAAGGGUUCGAUCUGCUGUCGUCUGUGCUUCUUGGAUCAGGAAAGCUUGUGAAAUGUUAUGGCCCGUAUUGCGUCAAGUUACUGGUGGAUUUCAAACUGACCAUGGGGAAUCCUCUUUGCAGGCUUCAGAGUGGUAGCCAUGUUAGUCUGUAUCAACAAAAAGAACGAGGAGUCCUUGUGGCACCUUAGAGACUAACACAUUUAUUUUAUUUAUUUAAUGCUGUUUGCAUUCAGUCUCUUCCCCCAACUUGCUGCUGGCCUGAGGAAUGUUGG